ACCGCCCUACGUACCACCACUUCCACCAUCACCUCCAACUAGGCCACCCUACGUGCCACCACCAUCUCCAACUAGGCCACCAUAUGCACCACCUCCAACUAGAUCACCCUAUUAUUUGCCACCAGAAGAAACUAAUCAAUCAUCUUCAUUUAUAACAUUACCAACUUUCAAACCACCGACUACCCGAUUACCUAUAGUCACAACGCGACCGACUACCCGACCACCUAUAAUUAUAACUCGGCCGACCACUCGAGCUCCUAUAAUUACAACACGACCAACCACUCGGCUACCUAUAGUUACAACACGACCGACUACCCGGCGACCCAUCACCACACCUCAAAUUAUCACUUCAAAAUAUACUCCGGUUACACAACCAUCUAUCUACCUUCCACCAAGCGUUACUACCCCAAAGCCUCCCACAACACGAAUCAUAAGUACAACCACGACUACCAGAUAUAGUCCUACGACAACAAAGAAAAUUUCCACACCGGGCACUACUUAUCUACCGCCUAGUUCAUCUACAUCUACUACUACACCAUCUACGACUACAAGCACUUCUACCACUACUAGAUCAACAACAACUACAACUACCUCCACGCCAACGACUCUGCCUCCGUAUGAACGAACGUAUAUUCCACCACCGCAACCGCCGGUCACCCGAGUGACCAUUACGCCGCCGCCAUAUCCUACGGUCAUUUAUGAAACUACACCCAGAACGCCACCCCCGAGGACAAUUGAUGGAACAAUUGCUCCACCACCGACUCUGCCGCCACCCACACCGCCCAGACCUUUCAUAGGUUACGAAUACCUACCCCCGAAGGGAGCCGCCUUUGAAACCCGCAAACGAUAA